AUGCUUCUUCAAGACUUCAUUGCCACUCUAAAUUUACUUUACAGAGGCUGCACGUUAGAAACUGUAUGUGGUGAAAAGCUCUUUUUUGGUUUUUUGCUUGCCUAUAUUGGAGACGCAUUGGCAUGUCACAAUUUAGCAGGCUUUAAGGAAAGCUUCAGCAAAAAUGUUCGCCUUGCUUGUCGAACUUGCACAGUACCCACAUCUGAAUUUCAUAAUUUUCACUAUGAAAUUCAAUGUCCACUACGUACGGAGUCUCAAUAUGAAGAGAACCUUAGGGCAAUUGAGGCAGCUAGCUCAAAGAAAGACCGUACUGAAUUGUCAGCACAGUGCGGGAUUAAGUCAAAAUCAGUCCUCGCAGAAAUUCCUAAUUUCUCAAUACUCACGGACUUGCUGUAUGACCCUAUGCACAUUUUGUUGGAGGGAGUCAUUCCUCUGGAGUUGACACUUCUUAGUAAGUUCAUUGUAAGGGAGGCAGCAUGGAUGACCUUAAGCCAGCUUAACACUGCCUUGUCUCGGUUCUGCUUUCAUAGGCAAGUGAGUAAGAGUGACUAUCCUCGCAGCUUUGAAUCCGACUUCAGUUUUCCAUUUGCAGCAAGCUCCAGUUUAAUACUCCAUCUUCAUUUUCUUUUUAAUAUUGAUGAAUAUCUGCCUGAAGAGGCUACGGAAGAACCACAUUGUGAAUGUUUUGUGCUGCUUUGCAUCAUCACACAGUUAUUUCUUUCUCCUGCUAUCUCCCCAGAUGCACUUGGAGACAUUGAGUGCCUAGUAGCACGCCAUAAUGAGCUUUUUGUGCAGCUGUAUGGUUCCAGCUCAUUUAAACCGAAAUUGCACAUGCUGGUGCACAUGGUCACUCAGAUACGGCGCUUCGGUCCUUCCCAUCAUCAUUGGGCAAUGAGAUUCGAAAGUAAAAACGCUCUUCCAAAGUCGAAGAAGUUCUGGAAUUUCAAAAAUAUUCCAUUAUCUGUCGCAAAUUACUUUCAGAUGAAAAUGUCAAGUGACCUGUGGUUAGGACCAGGGCAGCCUAAGCUGAGCUUUCCACAAUGUGAGACUGCACCAGCAGCCGGUGUACCAGUCAGCUUAACAUCUGAUUUUUUGCCAUGUGGACUGCAGCCUAAUGCUGUUGGUCAAACUGUUAUGCCCGUACGUUCUGCCUUUAUCUCUGGUGUCAAGAUCUCUAUUUCUAAUGUGGUUGUGUUUGAACAAAAUGACCAUGCAAUGUUUGGGGAAAUAGAAACAAUUGUACCUUGGCAAGGCAAGAUUUUCAUCGCUGUUCUGGUUCUGGUCAAAGUGAGCUAUACAAAGCGACUGAAUGCAUUUAUUCUUCUCAAAACACCACACGCCAUAGUGAUUAAACCUGACUAUCUUUUGUAUCCUUGGCCACUGUAUACAUACGCUAAAAAUGAGGCUUUUUAUGCUAUUACAAAAUGUAUUCAUGAAUCACCUCUGUAG